UCUCUCGUAACCCUUCAUCGUCAUCAUCAGCAUCGGCAACAGCAACAGACAGCACAGCCUCAAACUCUCCUCCUCGUAUCCUUCGAUCCACAAUGAUGAAACGCUCCCCAAACUCCAACCUCGCUAUCGAACUCGUCCUCGAUAUCCUUGAGAUCCUUGCCGCGGACGAAGCCCGAUUGAAUGGAAAGACUCCUCCCAGUUUGAUCAAUACUGCACUCGUUUGUAGAGCCUGGGCGCCUAUAAGCCAAUCUCUGCUCUUCCGAAACGUGGUCCUGGGUACUCAAGGACAAUCCAUCCAAUUCCUAAAUGCUAUCUAUCCACGCACCGAAAAAGCCCAUUUUUUACGUGCGAACAUUAAAAGUCUCGAAGUGCUCGUCUCAGACGAGGAGGAUGGCCGAAUCAUCACACAAGCCGCGUUUGCUAAUAUCCUCAAGCUGUGCCCGAACGUGGCGGACCUGAGAUUAUUCUACUAUUGUUUACGACCCCUUGACCGCACCACUAUCGAUAUCCUUCGUACCGUCCCUGCACCCUCUUCCCUGUCCCUUCGAUCAGCCCAACACCCCUCACCUCUGUGGGAUCUUCUCUCAAUAUGGCCCACAGUACAACACCUCGAAGUCGCCCUAUGGGAAUCUCCAUCCAUUCACACCACUCAACCCCCAAAAGCCACCAACGCUCAACAAUGGGCACCUUACGAAGUCCGUUGGUUGGACGAAUCCGAUUCAGGAGAAGAUUGGGCCCUACCACAUCUCUUACGUCCAGGAUCCCUUCGAAUCCUUCAACUCUUGAGAAUCCCUUCUGACGACUAUUUCGAAGAUUUGAUGAAGAAACAUGGACCUUACUUGCGAAGUUUAAGACUUUGUGGUCCUGGAGGCGGUAGCGUUUCUCCGAUGAGAGAAGAGAUCAUUCCUUCUUUGAAGAAUUGUACUUCGUUGGAAGAGUUCAAGUAUAUGAGGAUACCGAGUAGGAAUCUUCUUCAAGCUUUACCACCUUCUCUCGAACAUCUUCAAUUCCAAAAUAACAAUCGGAAACCAACCUCUAUUCGAUCUCUCUUGGAAUGGAUCGAAUUUUCGGAAAAAUCGAGACGGUUGAGGGUCGUCACGUAUAAUUCGUGCGGGGAUCCUUUGAGUGAGGAGUUGAGGAGGUUGGUGGAGAUUUGUAGGAGAAGGGGGAUCGUGUUGAAGUGUUAUGCGGAUAAUCCACCCAUGGAGGAAAGAGAACCUUUGAUUCGGCCUCUUACUUUCCCUAGACCCGUUCCGGACGCAAGGAGGAAGAUCGUUGACCCUUCUUCUUCUGCAGCUGGGACGACGCCAAAGGGAUGGUCGAGAAUUCAUUAUCCUUCUCCUGGUUCUUCCCCCGUUUCAACUCUACCGAAUUCGCCUACAUGUCUACCAUCCCCAUCUCCAUCCCUAUCCCCAUCGUCACUGGCAGGCAGCGGAUCAUCCCUCCAUCGACGGUCUCCCGAUUAUCCUUCUGGACGAUUGAGAAAAGGAAGUUCGCCAGAUGGAGGAGUUUUUGGAAUCAAGCUCGGAUUGUAACCGAAGCGGCGAGAAGUAUCCCAAAAGAAGUCCGGGACUUGAUGAUAACAUUGAGGAGUCCUUUCUCUUUCCCUUCGUAACACGGUGCCGUCCAUAGGCAAAUCGUUGCCCUCCUCCCAUAUCUAACGGAUUCAUUCAUUCAUUUCUGGUUGGCUUGCUCCAUGGGGCUUUCGAAAAUUCCAUGUCAUCGAACUUAAACACCUUUUCAUGACCGGCCGUUGCGCCCGCAUGUUAGUUCUUGUAUUCUUUUCUGCAGCCCAUCUCGGGGAUGUUAUAUCCUCGUUCUUCAUGAAUCCCUACACUUGAUCCUCCGCCUCCAUAUUGCAUUGCUUUCAUCAUUUUUUUUUUGUUUUGCUUUGUCUUUUUUUUUUGCAUCUCCUUGACGGAUCAUAUGACGUGACGAGUGGCAUGACAUUAUUGGACCUGGAUCUGAUCGAAG